UAUCUCUGCGAUCUUUGUUGUGUUUUUUUCAGAGCAAUUUCCGGUAUUUAACGAACGAUGAUGGAUCGACAAAAUUGAUUGAUUUCUAAGGAUUAUAUUGUAGAAACUGAGCUCAAAAUUUUCAAUUUGAUCAAGAGACGAGUCGUAUCUCGAGUUUGAAGUUUUCAUGGUUGCUGAUUUGAUGGGGAUUUCGAAUUAUAUAUAGUGUGGUUUUGGUUGCUGCUAGGGUUUCGCUCGAAAACACACUUGUAUUUUUGGUCUUUGUUGAUUGAAAUGUAUAGGUACUUUUCAUUAUGAAUGCAGGGAAAUCGAAGAUCUGGAUAAUAAGCAAGAGCUAAAGCAUGGACGAAAAUACUAAAUUUGUAUCUGGAAAUGGUAGAACCGAGCUGGCUAAGUUCAUUGCUGAUAGGCAUGCUAAACUCAUGAAACAAGCCGCUCGAUAUUCUUCCGCACUUAAAGAUGCUAUGGCUCGUGGGAAAAGAAGAUAUACACUUGUAAAAGAUGUAGAUGACAUGGAAACAGGAGCAUAUGACAAACCUCUUCCAUGCUUUGGUUGUGGAAUCGGAUGGUUCUCCUUUCUCUUGGGAUUUAUGUUCCCACUUUUGUGGUACUAUGCUGCAUUUCUUUACUUCGGGAACUAUUACCGCAAAGAUCCUAGAGAAAGAGCCGGUCUUGCUGCUUCCGCAAUCACUGCGAUGGGCUUCUCUCUUGUGUUACUCGUGAUUUUUGCUUUCCGGUGGUUUUACUAUCCUUAAGAUAUACAAUUAACUAUGUAACUUAUCAUUCAUACCUGUAAGUUCUGUGUUCAUAAAGGAAUAGUCGCGGAAGUUGAUGUCUCAUGUACAUUCACAUAAAACAAUGAAUUUUACUUCGAUCCUUUUCUCAA